AUGGGAUUGCCUCAAGUGUCUUCCAGCAAAAUUGCUGAGGAGGUGACUGUAUCAUUACGCACAUUGGCACAAACUCCACCUCGAUUAACGGGUGCGAGCUAUGAUACGAAUGAAUUGCACAUUGGUCGUCCAAGCAAUCAUAUGCUCGGGGAUCUCUCUUGCACUUUGUCAAGGGAGGUUUCAAACAAUGCUGAUGUCGGCAGUGCACAUAAAGAUGGCAUGGCCAACACGCAUAGAUUAAGAGUUGGUACAGUAGAAACUAGAUUUUUGCCAUUUAAUGGUGGAAGGAUUGCUCAGACUCCUGCUUCAAGGAUUGUGGGAUUCGAUUCAACUGGACCAAAUACUACUCAUCCUAAUGUUGGUGUUUUUGAAGGACAUAAAUCUGCUGUUCCUUUUUCAACCAGUGUCAUUGGUACCACUGAGGCAACUGGUUCUCUGGUUCGGAAACAGUUGUUUUCUCCUUUGAAUGGCUUGCUUUUACCAGAUGAAUUUAAUGAUAGGUGCAUAGACCCUGGAAGGGACAUUAACAGGAUGGAUUCUCUGUUGUAUGGUGAAAAUUAUGGGAUCAACUUGCAAGAACAUAAAAUAAGUAAUGUAAGCAACUCCAAUCAUGGCCAUACCUUGUUUUCAUCCAAAUCUAAGUUUCUUGAAUUCAUUCAUACUCACAAUCAACAUAGUGGGACAAACUCUAGCAUCAUUACAGAUGGCCCUCUGUUUGAAGAUGCGAAAGGUCAUCCUGAAAUAUUUUAUUCAUCUUCCCUGGAGUAA